AAGAGAGAGGCACAGGAGCGAGGGAGACAUCACUGCGAUAUUUCAUCAGCACGGUGCACGUAAGUGUGUCACUAGUUCACUUUGUCUGUGACGGACGGUCAGGUGUCGUUAAUGCUCUCGGUUUUAGCGGAGCUCCUUCGGCAGACGGCAGCCACUGCGAUUCCCCCUUCAACGCUUCCGAUCUCACGCGCUGAUAGACUAGAAGGGCUCUGGACAGUGAUGGAUGCUGUUCAUAGGUAAAGAACAAAAAGUGUGGAUUUCAGGGGGUGGAGAAGGACAGGUUUGGGGCUGUCAGACACAAUAAAGAAGACCUGCCUUCGGGAGAGACACGCAGAGCUUUUGACUGGCUGACUUUACUGACUGAAUAAGUGGCCAUGCUGUUCUCUCCGCUCUCUUGUGCUCUGGGGCUCUCCCUCCUGCCACUCCUCCUGUUUCAGUGCCCCACCCACGCCUGCCCUGCCCGCUGCGAGUGCUCUGUGCCCACGCGUUCUGUGUCAUGCCAUCGCAGGCGGUUAGCGCAGGUGCCUGAAGGCAUCCCUAUAGAGACAAGAGCAUUGGACCUCAGUAAAAACCGGCUGCGCAUUGUGACACCACAGAACUUCUCCUCGCUGCUGUUGCUGGAGGAGCUGGACCUCAGCAACAACCUGUUGUCAUCUGUGGAACCUGGCAGCUUCCGCGCUCAGCCGCGGCUACGCUCACUCCGACUGCGCAGCAAUCAGCUGACUCUGCUGCCGCGCGGAGCGCUGGCUGGCCUCAGCGAGCUCACUCUGCUGGAUGUCAGUCAAAACCGUCUUGUUAUUCUGCUGGACUACGGUUUUGAGGAGCAGCGGAGGCUUCGGGUACUAGAGCUGAGUGAUAAUGAGCUAGUGUUUAUCGCCCCAAGGGCCUUCAGCGGCCUGGCGUCCCUGCGCUCUCUAACGCUGCAGCGAUGCAACCUGAGCACAGUGCCCACACAUGCUCUCGCACAUCUGCACGGUCUAACCAGCCUGCGAUUGCGGGACUUGGGCAUCGUGGAGCUUCAGGCACACACAUUUAAGGGUCUACCACGACUGAAACACCUUGAAGUUGACCGCUGGCCUUUGUUAGAAGGGUUUCCGACCGCCGCUUUGCAGGGGUUGAACCUCAGCACACUCUCCAUUACCCACACCAACUUGACGUCCGUGCCAAUGGUGACACAUCUGCUGUAUCUAACGCAUCUCAACCUGUCUUACAGCCGUAUACGUGUCCUGCCAGCAGGAUGGUUGAGGGGAAUGGACCGGCUGGAAGUUGUACGUGUGCGACAGUCUAACCUGCUCAGUGUGGAACCUCAAGCCUUUCAAGGAGCCUCCUCGCUGCGCCUUCUUGACCUUUGUUACAACCGUCUCUCCACGCUCGAGAGGAGUGUUUUUCAUGCUUCUGAGGCCCUGCAGACUCUUCUGAUUGGCCAGAACCCGUUAGUGUGCGACUGUCGUCUACGCUGGCUCCUGGUGAGGACUCCACCUUUGCUGUAUGGUGAUGUUCAACCUGAAUGUAGUGCUCCUGCUCCCUUGGCUGGGAAGCCUCUUAGGGACCUGGUGGAACCUAAAAUCUCUCGCUACGUUAUCUGCACCAAGCCCAGGGUUGUCUCAAUGGCAACUUACCCAGCACAGGCAGAAGAAGGACAGAGAGCUUGGCUAUACUGCAGUGCGGACGGGGCUCCACCACCUUCUGUGUCAUGGCUGACACCACAUAGGCGGCACAUUACCACAAAAAGUACGGGAAGAAUGGUGGUCCACACUAAUGGCUCGUUGGAGUUCCGCAUGGCAGAGCCUCAGGAUAGCGGCAUGUACGUGUGCGUGGCAUCGAACCCAGCGGGAAAUGCCACUCUUUCCAUCACUGUUGCUGUUAAAAGCUCAGGAAUCAGGGAUAGAGCCCUUUACGCCAACCACAGCUUUCUGUUUGACUCCGACUACAACAGUUCCCUGAUUAAUGGCACGGAAGAGUACACCAUCAGGGUGGUGCUGGACUUCACCACCAUCCUGGUCUCCACAGCAAUGGGCUGCCUCAGCUUCCUGGGUGUCGUCUUGUUCUGUUUCUUGUUGUUGUUUGCAUGGAGCCGUGGCAAAGGGAAGCACAGAGGUAGCGUGGACAUUCAGUACGUCCCACGAAAACGUAAAGGCGCAAACUCAGAACUUACAGAAACAAGUGGGCCCAGACGAGUCAACAUGAAGAUGAUCUAAACUUUUUAAAUGGCAGAGGAUUUCAUGGGUUGCAUGGUUGCGUAUGCGUGUCUGUUGGACUUUGUGAGUCUUUGGGUAUAUGUGCUGCAAAAGAUGCAGAGGAUGUAUUUAAUCAUGAGAGUUUACAUGUGGUAUCUCAAUGAAAAAAAGAAAGAAAAAGAAAAACGCCAAACCAUAUAAUGCGUGUCUUCUGCGAUGCUUCGUCUGUGGAAAGCAUUAUUUGGACAGUGCAGAUGUGAUUAAAUUCAAGUUGUUGUAUAUAUUUCAUAUUUGUGGGAAAGAAUGGUAUAUUUCUAUAUAUAUAUAUAUGAAUAUAUCUAUUUACAGAUACAUUACAAUUACCUUUCAAAACGCUGCAAAAACUCAAGUUGUCUUCCCCAAUAAGCAAAGUAUCUACUGGAAAAAGCCUCGGCAGUGCUGUGUUGUGAAGUGUUUGGUUUUGCUCAGAAUUCCUGUUCUCCUGGGACAUCCUCUUCUUAGCAGAACCUCCGGGGGAAGCGGAGAGUUUCCUGCCAUUUUGUUGUAAAGAUGUUAAAAUGCAAGAAGCCGUUUGACAUGGUGGGUUUCAGGGGCUGUAUUUGUGACUCAGUGGAAGUCUGUGGAACUGUGUGAAAAUGUUCUUUUCUUUUCUUAUGUUCUGUCAAAUGCUGCUCAAAAGUUUUUACAUACUAAAUAUCUGGUUAUAUUUUCCAAAGAAAAUAAAUAUAAAUCGUACA